AUGAAGAUCACCAAGCGGCCUCCGGCGGAGCUUAUUAUUAAAAGGCCAGAUGGCACGGAAAGCCGUUUUGUGCGCCGCGUUAAAACCGUGAAAUCCGUCACUCCAGUACUUAGCGUGAGUGAGGACGAUGAGGAUUAUCAAAGGGUGGUGAACACCCCGCUGUACACCACCAGCUUCAACAUUUUACUCCAACAACGGAACCCCGUGAAGAGCCCGACGCGGUUUGUCAAACUCAUCUACCAGCGCAUGCGGGUGGAGGGGGUUCCGCUCGACACCACGACCUACAACUUGCUCAUAAAGUACGUCGUGAGCUUGACCGAUAACCUCGUUUUUGAGCUUUACGAAGACCUGAAAGCGGAGGGCCUGAAGGAGAACAGCAGCGUUCGGCCAAAUAUCGAGACUUUUCGCCUUUUGUUCUGCGCGUGCGAGCGGAAUGCGGAGUAUCACCGCGCCUUUUUGUUCUGCCAGCAGAUGACGGAGCUCUUCGGGAUCAUCCCGGAUCGCUCGCUGUGCAAUACGUUGUUGGGGUUUUGCGCGGCCGUGCAGGACGUCGCGCAGGCGACUUAUUUUAUGGAGAUCAUGAAGGAGCAUCACGUCCUGCCGGAUGUCAAUACCUACAAUUGCUUUAUUAGCGUCCUGGCGGGGUCCGCGCCGUACACGGAAAUUACACGGGUCUUCCAUGAGAUGUGCGAAAGCGGGACGAAGCCGACGAAGCGGACGUAUAAUACGAUGCUCAAGGCGGCUCGAUUCCACGACGACUACGAUGGCGCCUUCCAGCUCUUUGAAGAGAUGAAAAAAAAAGGGUUUAUUCCGGAUAUUAUCACAUAUAAUUUGCUUUUGUGGGUAUGCCUACAGCGGCUGGAUUACAUUUUAGGGUGCGGUAAGUACGCUCACAUCUACCGAACGAUUGAGCAACAUCGAAAUGGGUUAAAAUACCUGGCUGAGCUUGUUCUCGCCCUUUGGGCUGAAAUGGACGCGAUUCAAGUCAUGCCGAAUACCUUUAGCGUUAACAAGAUAUUAGACAUUUUGUUGAAGUGUGGGGAUGUACGACUUUUUAAGAUUUACCAAAGGGUUAGCGCGAACUAUCCGGAGGUGGUAACGAAGGAAAGGGGUAAAUCAAUUGAAAAAGCACACCUUCAACCAAAGCGUAGUACUAGCACGAAUAAUAUGAAGAAUAGAGAAAGGAUAUCCCCAACCCAAGAACGACCAAAAAAAUCUGCCAUGAAGGAGAUCGACGAGGCGAUGUGUGAGGAAUAUUUUCAAAAAGAAGGCUAUAUUUCCGCGCGCCUCUCUCAGCCUAAUUUAGUAACCUACAAAAUCAUUAUAAAAGCGUGUCUGAAGUUCGGCUUUUUGGAUCAGCCGGCGGUUCAUUAUUCAAAAUUUAAAAAGCAUAAUCUAAAAAUCGAUAAGGAACUGAUUACGCUGCUCUGGGAGGUUUGUGUACAAACGAAAGAUAAGCCUUGGGCCAAUGCUUUAUUAGAAGAAGUGCACCAAUGCCGCCUCCUUAUAGAUGUUGUGUUUUAUAACAAAUAUCUGGAGGUUCUUUUAGCAGUGAACGACGAAGAAUUUUACACCAUUACGGAGGGUAUGAAAGGAAAGGUAAAUGAUCUCGGAGUAAAGGCGGAUAUACGAACCUACAACCUCAUUCUUAUAAGCUAUAUCAAGCGCAAGCAACCAGAGCUUGGGUUACGUUUAUUUCACGAGGAAAUGUGCGGAAUUCAUUCCUCGGUUCACACCGAUGACGAAAGCUAUUGUUUAGUUUUGGAGCUUUACAACAUUAUGCAGGAUAUGAAUUUGGCGACGAAGCUUAUUGAGGAUUGCUUAGACGCUAAUGUUAAGCUUUCAAUUAGAGUAUUUGAGGAGCUCCUUCGCAUUUACUCUGAAAAUAAAGAUGAACGUAUUGAGGAUUGGUUUAAUCGUCUCAAUCAACAACGCAACGAGAGGACUUCCUCUGCAGAGCCACCGAAUCCGCUGAUUCCGAUGAUCAGCCUAAAAUGCUUUUCGAUCAUGAUCACGUACUACUAUACUUCUGGGAAUCAAAAAUUUGUAAAGAAGCUUUUCCACAAAUUAAAAAUGCACCACGCGUUAGAGCCGGAUGAAUCCAUUUAUAGUAUUCUUUUCAAAACUUAUGGAGUGAAUAAAGAUACGAAAGCGAUGAUAUCUGCCUUUGAAGAGGCUCGUAUCAACGGCAUUCUCCUGGAUUCGAUGAUGUAUAAUACAAUCUUAGCACCCUUUUUGGAAUUCAAGGAUCCUUUUGUGUAUGAGGUUCUUUCCGAUAUGAAAUCUAAUGGUGUGCAGGCGGAAAAGAGCACUUUCGCGCUCUUUUUGAAUUCGAGCACCGGGAGAGAGAUGCUGAAGAUUGCCAUUGAAAAAGAACUAUUUCUUCAGCCUGAUUUAGAUAUAAUCGAGGUGUUAUAA